UUGUUUUGGGGAGGAAGAAGGAAGCAUGGAAGUCAAAGGCUGGUCUCGGGUCCCAUGUUCGAUCUUCUUGUUCUUCCUCGUCGCGGGGUUUCAACUGUCCGAACAGGCCCGGCCGCUCUCCGCCGCGAAACCCGACCCGAAGGACGCCGCCGCCUCGGCCCGGUGGCUCGUCGCCCAGAAUUCAUGGGGCGUCCUGAACACGAUCUCCAGCGAAUUGGGGGGAGCGCCAUUCGGGAACGUGGUUUCGUUUAGCGACGGGCUACCUAACGAAGGAAAGGGCAUCCCGUACUUUUACUUGACACCUCUUGAUCCAACCGCGAAGAAUGCGGUGAAAGACCCGAGGGCUUCGUUUACAGUUAGCGAGUACCCUAUUGGGACCUGUGGAAAGAGAGACCCCAUGAAUCCCACUUGUGCGAAGAUCACGCUAACUGGAGCGCUGAAGCUAGUCAACCCGAAGUCUGAAGAAGCAGAAUAUGCUAAAAUUGCCUUGUUCUCAAAGCAUCCAGAGAUGAAGGGCUGGCCAAAGGAUCACGAUUUCCAGGUCUACAAAUUAGAAAUCAAGAACAUAUUUUUGAUUAAUUGGUUCGGUGGUCCAAAACCUCUGACUGUGGAGCAGUAUCUGCACCCCAAGUUGAACAAGUUCGAUUUCAUCAGAUGAUUCUUCAUGUGUACGUCGGAGGUAUUAAAAAUGUGAAGCAUAAUCUACUGUAAAGUAAGAUGAACGUAAAUGCCUUGUUGUACCCCCCGACUCUGUUCAUACUAUUGUCAAUGAAAUAAAAUUGAUCAAUUGUUUAUCCUGCAAAA